CUUCCUCUUAAUUGCUUAUGCUUUUCACUAUUUAUUCCUUGUCUUGUCUCUCAAGUAUUCUCAAACAUGAAACAACCAAAUAAUUAGUAUACAUACAUAUCAGCAUAUAAGUAAGUAAAUGGUCAUUCCAACUUACAAUUAAAACACAUUUUUUUUUAUCGGAAGAAAAGUUAGAGCAGCUACAGAAUCAAUGCCAAUCAGCCGGAAAGUUCUGACGUGGGCCGUAUUAACAGCGGUUACGGCCGUCCUGGUCGUUUUCGUCGGACGAUCUAUCAUCGGACCGGAGAGUAUAGUGGGCUCGAGAAACGUUCUAACCACGGCGAGGAUGAUCCCCCUUCCGGUGGAUGGACCGGAGAGUCUGGACUGGGACCCACGAGGGGAAGGCCCAUACGUCGGCGUCACUGACGGUCGUAUACUCAAGUGGCGCGGUGAGGAUAUUGGCUGGGUCGAAUUCGCCUAUUCAUCUCCCCACAGAGGGAACUGUUCAAGCCAUAAGGUGGAACCUGCGUGUGGGAGGCCUUUGGGACUGAGCUUCGAGAAGAAAUCGGGAGAUUUGUACUUUUGUGACGGUUACUUUGGGGUAAUGAAGGUCGGGCCUAAAGGAGGAUUGGCCGAGAAGGUGGUGGACGAAGUCGAAGGCCAAAAAAUCAUGUUUGCGAACCAAAUGGAUAUAGAUGAAGAAGAGGAUGCUAUCUACUUCAACGAUAGCAGCGACACCUACCAUUUCGGGGACGUAUUCUACGCGUUUCUAUGUGGCGAAAAGACGGGAAGAGCGAUUCGAUACGACAAGAAGACAAAAGAGGCCAAGGUUAUAAUGGACCGUCUUCAUUUCCCUAAUGGUCUUGCCUUAAGCAAAGAUGGUUCGUUCGUUCUUUCAUGUGAGGUCCCAGCGCAACUUGUGCAGCGAUAUUGGGUCAAGGGACCUAAAGCCGGGACCCGCGACAUAUUCGCAAAGCUACCUGGCUACGCCGAUAACAUCAGGAGGACCGAGACAGGAGAUUUCUGGGUUGCCUUGCAUUCCAAGAAAACUCCAUUUUCUAGGCUUUCGUUGAUGCAUCCGUUGAUUGGGAAAUUUUUCAUGAAGACGUUGAAGAUGGAGCUGUUGGUUUUUCUCUUUGAAGGUGGGAAGCCUCAUGCCGUGGCCGUGAAACUCUGCGGCAAGACCGGAGAGGUUGUGGAGAUUCUUGAGGAUAGUGAAGGGAAGAAUAUGAAGUUCAUAAGUGAGGUUCAAGAGAGAGAUGGUAAGCUUUGGUUUGGGUCUGUGUUUCUGCCUUCCGUUUGGGUUCUCGAUCAUAAGUGAGGUUCAAGAGAGAUACGACCACGUUUUUUUCCAAGUGUUUUGAUUAGUAUUAAAGGAUAUUUCUUUUGCAUCUACAUUAUCACUUUCUCAUGUGUGUGGAUUUGAUAAUAAUCAAAAGGGUUUUUAAAGUAUUUGCUGUACCCGGUUAAAAUUGCUUUAAAUAAGUCAUUUUCGAGACUCUUGUUAAUUACUUAGUUCUGUUUAUUUUAAUGUUUUGGUUAAGUAUUUUCCUUUCAAGUCGA